AUGGACGUCGAGGCGUUCGUCCUCACCGUCGCCGCCGCGGUCGCGCUGACGAUCGUCCUCCUCGACUUCGUCUUCGGAUCCGCUCGAACACGACGAAAGACGACGCUGGACGCGAAGAACCCGACGAAGAAGGUCGCGCUCAGACUCGAGUCCAAGACGGAGCUGUCGCACGACACGUACCUGUUCCGGUUCGCGCUGCCGUCGCCGGAACACGUCCUCGGCCUCCCGAUCGGGCAGCACGUCGCGCUGUCGUACAUCGACGACGACGGGAAGGAGCAAUCGCGGCCGUACACGCCGACGUCCAGCGACGUCGACCGCGGGCGCGUCGACUUUGUGAUCAAGGUUUACUUCAAGUGCGACAAGUUCCCGGACGGCGGGAAGGUGUCGCAGCGCAUGCACGCGCUGAAGGUUGGGGACACGAUGGAUUUCCAAGGCCCGAAAGGCCGGUUCGAGUACCGCGGCCGCGGCGUCUUCGCCAUCAAGCGCCUCAAGUCGCAGGGCGGCGGGCACGAGCUACGGCGCGCGAGACGCGUCGGCAUGAUCGCGGGCGGGACGGGGAUAACGCCGAUGCUGCAGGUGAUGCGCGCGGCGUUUAGGGACCAGCCGGGCGACGCGACGAAGCUGUCGCUGCUGUUCGCGAACCAGACCGAGGACGACAUCUUGCUCAAGGACGAGCUGGACGCGUGCGAGAGGGAUCACGAGAACUUCGUCGCGCACUACACGAUCGACAAGGCGAAGAGGAAAGGGUGGACGGGGAGCACGGGGUUCGUCACCGCGGAGAUGAUCAAAGAGCACAUGCCGCCGCCGGGGCCGGACACGCAGAUUUUGUUGUGCGGGCCGCCGCCGAUGAUGAAAUACGCGGUCCUCCCCGCGUUCGAGAAGCUGGGGUACACGAAGGAGAUGUUUCUUCAGUGGUGA